AACGACACACCUCCUGUGGACAUGAGAGAGCAUGACUGCGUGUUUGUGUCUGUGUGACAGUGAGAGAGGCUGAUCGAGAGAUAAGUGAAAGACAAGAGUGAGGGAACUAGAGAAAGAGGCGCCAAGGGUGGGCGUUCCUGCUGUGUGCCUGGCCUCAUAUAACUGGACAGAGGGGAAAACAAGACAGUCCGUCUUUAUCUUACAAGCUCAAAGGAGGAUUGUGUUGUGUCUGGCAGCUUACUAAGGUAGUCAGGUGCACUUGCUUUCGGCACUUGGUUGUAUGACUGGAAGAAAGAAGGCAAAGAACACAGACCUGGACCUCCUCAAGUUGAUACAUUUUUAUUUUUGACUUGGCAGUGUGUGGACAGCUGCUGGAUUACGGCCUACGUCUUGUCUUGAUUCUUCAUGCAUUCUUUGAUGUCCUUUUGCUCCGCGACACACAUGCUUCCAAGGACAGACUAAAGAGAGGAACGGAAAACGAUCUGAACAUUUGUUUUCUUUUAUCUGUGUCCUUUGUGAAAUUAAGUUUACUCAAGUCGGCACUUUUGGGCUUUGAUCUCAUUGGUCGGUGGCUUGCUUGCUUGCUGACCCGUUCCUAUUCCAUCAUGCAUUUUAAAAUGACAAAGUGCAACCGCUUCUGCCUGGUCGCUACGCUUGUGGACCAGGAGGUGUUCAACCAGCCUGAAGUGCGGGGUCGAUUCGAAGCCCUCUUCCUGGCGUUCGAUGCUGGCACCACAUUCCAGUUCUUCAAGAGUUUCCGGCGGGUGCGCAUCAACUUCACAGAGGCUUUGGCAGCGGCAGAGGCCAGAGACAAGCUCCACAAGAGUGACUUCAACGGCAAAGAGAUGCGCCUGUACUUCGCUCAGUCGGUGCACAUUGGCAGCCCCAGUCUGCAGCCUCCUAAGCCAGAGAAGCAGUUCCUCAUCUCCCCCCCGGCGUCUCCUCCAGUGGGAUGGCAGCAGACUCCUGACGCCCAGCCUCUCAUCAACUACGACCUGCUCUCCGCUGUCUCCAAACUGGGUCCAGGGGAGAAGUACGAGCUCCAUACGGGCACCCCCACCACCCCCAGCGUGAUCGUGCACGUGUGCGAGGGGGGCGACAGCUCCGAGGGCGAGGGGGACGCGGGCGACGCGGCAGCGGAGGCAGGCAAACGCCCGCGCCCCAAAAUCAUCCAGACCCGCCGUCCAGACUACACCCCCACCGUCACAGAGUGAGCACACUCCACAGCCGGAGCGCAGAGUCCAGGCAUCCAUUUUUUUCUUUUUUUUUGUGUUGGGGGACAAACACCAACAGCAGCAUCGACAGCUGUGGUGGCAGUUGAGUUGGGGGGACAGCUGCUGUGUUUUGUCAUCCCUAACAGCAGAGGGUGCUGAAGUGCGAGAAGCGGUGUUCACUAACACACACGUCACAGCAACGACGCCUGCCUGCAGCACCUCAUCUCAAUUGAUUUAUUUUCCCUCUCUUUGCUCCAUUGCCCUCUAGAGUACACAGAGGAGGGAGGACAUACAUCGCGUAUGCGAUAUGGUCAGAACAUGUCACAGCAUAACUGUUUAUUGUUUUUGUUUUUGUUUUUUUUAAACCCACCGAAGAUGUUUGUCAUUUUCUUGUGUAUGUUCUGUUUGUUUUUCAGGACAACAGUGAGAGGGUGGGAGUGGGUAGUUUGCUGACUUUUGAUGGCUGUCAGUUUUGAGGCGGUUGGGUGGCAGGGUAACAGUGUCAAAGCCUCUCUUCUACGUAUGCUCAUAAACAGCUCUGUACCCUGACAAGUGAAGGGGCUGUGGUGUAAAAUACUAUGUCUUUGUGUUCAGUGGAUGAUUGUCCUUUGCAAUGUACGGCCUCUUGUGGUUUUGGUCAGAGGCUUGCUGUAUUUACCACUAUGGUCUUUGUUGUUGUCUGUAAUAUAAAAAAGGAGAAUAAGAUAAAGAAGAAGAAUAUAACUUAAACAAACGGGAAAAAAGUUUUAUCAUCUCUGACUCAACGUAGCUCUGUGUUGUCGUCUCCGGAAAAAAAACAAAAACAACAUGGGGCGUGUGUGUGAGUGGUUUUGUCUUGUCGAGAUCACUGCAGACGUGUGAGUGUGAGUCUAAAAAAGCAUGGUGCACUUUAAGAGGGAAGCCUUAACCUAUACUUUGCUACUUAGACAGCUCGAUAUAGCUAGACCUGCGCACAAAUUAGCCUAGAUAAGAGACGAGUAGGAUAGAGUAGGUGACUCUCCGAGAAGACCAUACCAAACCUGGCAGGAGCUUCUAUAGUAUACUUGACAAUGACGACGACGACGACGAUGUGUUCAUUUACACCAAGAGGAUUUCAUUUUAAAUAAUAACAUAAAUAGCCUAUGCGGCAAGAACAGCAUUAUGUAGCUCUUUUUUUUUGAUGUGCUAGACAAAUCUCCAUUUUGAAUAACGGUAUCUUGCUUGUAAGCUUAUGGGUUUUGACCUAAAUAAAAUAAAUCUAC